CACUGACCUAACACGUGCGGCAGGAAAGUGGAGAAAGAAACAUCAAAACAUGGGCGGCAAAAAGAAAGUGCAUCCAAAGACGCGUACGGCGGCCUUCAAGGCCAGCGAGCCCAGUGAGAUUGUGGAGGCGCCGCACUCCUUUGUCAUCCACCGCGGCCUCACCUGUCCUUACAUUACGGACCUCACUCUGGACUUCCGACGCAUCAUGGAGCCCUUCACGGCCAGCAAUCUGCGAGAGAAGCGGAUGAACCGCAUCAAGGACUUUGUCAGCCUAAGCAGCUUCUUUCACGUCUCGCACAUGGGCAUCUUCAACAAGGCCUCCACGCAGCUGUCCUUUAAAGUGGUCCGCCUGCCGCGCGGUCCCUCCCUGACUUUCAAGGUCCACCAAUUCACCCUGGCCAGAGAUGUGAUCUCAUUGAGCAGAAAGCAGAUGAUCGAUAACGACCACUUUAAGCACGCUCCCCUGGUCAUCAUGAACAACUUCAGUGGCGAUGGAAAGCACCUCAAGCUGAUGGCCACCACGUUCCAAAACAUGUUUCCCUCCAUCAACCUGGCCCAGGUAAAUAUAGGUACCAUUCGUCGCUGUGUCCUGUUCUCGUACAAUCCGGAAACGAAACUGGUCGAGAUGCGACACUACUCCGUGCAGGUGGUGCCCGUGGGAUUAAAACGAGCGGUUCAGAAAAUCGUCAAGGGCACAGUACCCAAUCUGGGCAAAUGCAACGAAGUGGUGGAUUUCGUGACAAAAGAUGGUUAUGCAUCCGAAUCGGAGGCCGAGGAUGACGAGCAGUCACAUGUGGUCCUCGCGCAAACGCUCAAGAGCAAGGGCAACCUAGAGGACAAUAAGAGUUCAAUCAAGCUUCACGAGAUCGGACCACGCCUAACACUGCAGCUCAUCAAAAUAGAAGAAGGCCUCUUAACCGGUGAAGUUCUGUAUCACGAUCAUGUGGUCAAGACAGAGGAAGAAAAGGAAACCACGAGAAAGCUCGUGGAAAAGAAGCGGAAGCAGAAGGAGCAGCGUAAGAAGGAACAGGCCGAGAAUCGGGCUCGUAAUCUGAAAAUUAAGAAGGAUGAAAAAUGGGCUGCCAAACGGGAAGCGGAGGGACGCAACGACAGCGAUCCCGAGGACGAUGCGGAGUACUACAAAGAGGAGGUGGGCGAGGAUCCAGAUGAAGAACUCUUCAAAAUGGAAGAAAAAUCUUCUCGCAAACGUCCCAACCUGACCGGCGGCAUGAAAUACAAGAACAAACGGCCAAAGCUGGAUACCAAGGAUAAAAAGGUUAAACGCAAGGAUAAGUUUGAUCGCAAGGACAAGUUCGAUCGCAAGGACAAGUUUGAUCGCAAGGACAAGUUUGACCGCAAAGACAAGAAGUUCGACCAUAAAAAUAAGAAGGACAAGUUUGACCCCAAGAACAGAAGGGCCAAGUUCGAUCCCAAAAACAAGAGGGCCAAGUUCGACCACAAAAAGAGUAGGAAAUCAAAGUAGUACAUUAAACAUAAGCUAUUUUAUAAAGACCAUUGGUAAGCCUGA